AUGCCUUCAACAGCCACUGCCAAUGCCUCCAAGGAAGCACCCAAAGACGCAGUUUUGGCCACGACCCUCAACCAAAUCAUGCCUUUGACGGACAAGGAUUCUGGCAGCCCACCGAGCGAGCCAGUUCUCACCUUGAUCUGCUCCUCCACAGAUAGCAUAUCCCAAGACUCGGAUCUGACAGCGAACAUCAGCCCGGAAGUGCCAACGAUGGACGCAGCAAAUGUUCCUCUUCCGGACGAAGAAUGCGAUGAGGAUCUGCUCGAAAUUCCACCUCUGGACGACCAUGAGGGAAACAUCUUGGAAAGUGAUGCUGUCGAGAUCGCGAAUAGUGAACCGACAGAGGCGGACAACACCAUCCGGGACCAAGAUGAUGCCCAACCAGAAAAUGACAACCAUCAUGAUGCGAGCUUGGCUUCGACGUGUUCAACCCCGAGCUCUCCCCAAACACCCAGGAAACACGAUGGGUCGCAGACAGACGAUGAUGACCUUCAUGGCAGCAGCAUGACAUCCAUGUCUUCGAUUGACAGUUCUCCGAAGACACCAGAGAAGGAGGAAUCAUUUAGUCACCCCUUCGUUGUUGAAGAUUCAGGCCCAGAUUUCUCCCUGGAUGACCUGGACCUAAGCUCUCCAAACUGGAUGGCGAACAUCAACCAGUUUUUGGAGCAGCUUGGGGAUCUUGAGCCAGAGAAGGAUACCAGCGAAAAGGAGAAGUUGACACCUGAUGUCGGAGUUGUUGAUGGGGCUGAGGAGUAUGACGGACCGAUCAUCGCCCUUCCGGACACACCCGACUACCACCCAUUCUCCAACAAUUUCCAAGUCCGCCUAUCCAAGUACGGUGGGUUCGGAACCUUGGCCACCAGAGACCUCAUGAUAGGCGAGGUAAUCCUCAUCGAGAAGCCUCUCCUAAGGACGUCUCGCGACGAUUUCUACAACAACUUCCUCAAGUUGUCCGACGAAGACCAGACGACAUUCCUGAAGCUGUAUACACCCCCUGGCGAGUACUCGAGUCUCAACGGAAGCGAUUACAGCCACAUCAGGGCGAUCGUGGCCGCAAACUCCUUUGCCAUCAACCCAUAUGGCAACAACAUCAUAUGCGUGUACAACGUCGCCUCAAGGCUCAACCACGCUUGCCAACCGGUGGCCAAUGUUCGCUUCGACUUUGGUUACCAGUUUGACAUGAAUGCCGAGAAUGCAGAUGUCAUCAAGAUGAUCAUCAGCAGAAAAGUGAAGGCUGGGUCGGAGCUGUUUAUCAGCUAUGGUGGAAGCCCCAUGUCGCUCUAUGAGCGGUACGGGUUCCGGUGCUGCUGCGGAGGGUGCGAAGGUGUGUCGGAUGUGGAUCUCGCCAUCAAGAAGAAACGGGAGAUGAUGGGUUGGAAAUAUUGA